AUGCGCCCUUUGCUUGGGGGUGUCCUCGCCAGUGCGACAUGGCGACUGGCAAAGUCGCUGGCGAUUGAGGAAGUCUUUGCCGAGCCUGAGCUUGCCGAUGUUGCAGUUCAUGGCUUGGAGGGGACGCGCAGCCAAAUGGUCGUCGAAUCUGUGUAUCCACCUCUUCGGCCAGCCGCCGGUUGGGAGGCGGACUAUGUUAAAGAUGAUGCAGUAGAUGGCCAAUGGGACGGCCAAGCGGGCUAUGACGAAGCGAGGCAGCAGCGCUACGAACUGCAGAAGGAGGCAAAGAAGUCUUUGCGUGCAGCCGUCGUUGCUGAAGAGAAGUACGAGGAUAUGCAAAAGAAGGAGCUGAAACUCCGGGACAAGAUGCUGCAGGCUCGCUCCUUGGCCAAGAAGCAGCUGGACAUUGUGAGGGCUCUGGAAGACAAGCAGAAUUGGCAGAAAGAGUCCUUGAAGUGGCUCGAGGAGGAUAUCAAAUAUGGCAAAGGCCAAAUCAAAAAGUUCGAGAAGGCCAUCAAGGUCCUCGCCACAAAGAUCGAAGCGAAAGAGAAGCAGAUGGAUGCCAUCAAGCACACAAGCAGCCCCAAGAAAAAGGCUGCGUUCACUGCCCAGGAGGUGCAGGAGAUGGCUUCGCGACUGCAGCGUUUACAAAAGAUCCUGCAGAAGAGAAAAGCCACGCUGAAGGCAACUCGCAAGAAAUUCAAGAAGUUGCGGGAAGAGGAGCUCAAAGCAGAAAAGAAGUUGCAGCAUGAGGAGAAGAAGCAAUCUCAGAAGGGCGGCGCUGUGGAGUCGAAGGUGCUAUCCUCCAUUUGGAACAGCCUGGGGUGGUCUUGA